UGUUCGAUUGACUUCGCGUCGUCCGUUUUCUGUCUAAUUAUUGUCAACUAACGCUUACAAUGGGAUAUCUGUUCCACAUCUGCAUAUUUUCUGCGAUAACUUUAAUUUCAAUCUUACCAACAUCAGGUUCCAGUAUAGAUGAUAUAUGUUUCCCAUUGAGUUGUAAAAAGAAAAGUUCCCUGGAGUGUCAGAACAGCACACCACGAGGGAGAUGUUGUGUGAUAACAUCUGAGAAUGUGAUAUACAUCACAAAGGUGGAUCUUUCCAACUGUAACCUUCAGACUAUUGAUAAGAAACUUACAAAUCACCCUAACUUAACCACUAUAUUACUACAAGGAAAUAAUUUGACGAGCAUAACAAGGGAAGAUUUUUAUCAAACCACACAAAUUGACCUCCUAGUGUUACAACCAAACCUGAGGUGCCCAGGGGGACCUAAUGCAUGGGAGUCUUAUGGGCCAGACCACAAGACAGACACAACUCGUUGUAAAGGGGAGAUACAGACUUGUCAGCUCCAAAAUGUAACCUGUCCGAACACCAACAGUGUGUGUCAACAUGUGGGGCCUAACAUGAUGGAAUGUGUAUGUGUGGAUGGUUACCAUGGAUACAAAUGCUUAAGAUCGGGACAGUUCCCUUCUACCUGGUUUAUGAUUGGACUGGCAGUGUGUACUGUUGUACUCUCCAUGGGGUUGUGGUUGGUUGAGAAUCGAUGUAAAAGAUCAACAAGGGUACCCACACUUUAAACUGACUGAAAUUUUUCACCGCCCAAGUCUUUCUUACCCAUUAGAUGGAUGUAUGGUUUAAAAUGUUUACAGCCAUUAUUUGAUACUGAUACAUUUUACUACAUUCCCAUUGCAUUUCCAUUAUAUUACAGCAAAUUCACAGGGACUUGGUGCAAAUUCCUAAUCAUGAUUUACAUAUAGUUACUAUAUAUAUAAAGACCAUAGGUUAGAAAUUCGUGCCAAGUCCCUGUGAAAAAGUUACCAUGUUCAAAAAUUUAAAUGUUUGUUUAUCAAUGUGUGUGUCAUUCUUUGUGAAGAAACUUUAUUUUUUUUGGAUGUUGGAGAAUGAGUAUUCAGAUUAUAAAAUACUUGCAUAGGUGCUUUAAACUUUUCAGUUAGCAAUCUUGAUGUGUAUUUCACAAUUGGUUCCAUUUUCAUUAUUUACAAAAAAUAUUGUUCUGUGAAUUUAACUGUUACAUGUCUAGGAUAGCUAAAAGCUAACAUUGAUAAUAGUGUUUGGAAUCAGUGGCAUAGCAAAUGUUUUUAGGAGUGUAUGCUUUCAAAAGAGGGUCUAGGGGCA